CCCCAUUAUUCUGUGCUACGACUUGACUUGAUCUCUUUCCCUUGCUCCCCAAUCGCUACGCCCUCGCACUCCACCUGUGCCCUCUGACAUUCGCAUUACGUGCCACCGACGAGCCGCCAUGUAUAUACACCCAGGCCUCGCCGUCACCUUCGCCACCUACCCGAGUCCUCCCUCGCUGGCCGCUGAUACGCCUCUGCAAUACCCCGACGACGAGCUGUUCCUCAUGGGCGCCAACACGAACGUCAAUGUCGAUGGCGUUGGCGUGCUCAACUACCAGAGGGCCAUCGACAUCGCUCGUAACUCGGAAGGCGAGCUGGACCCCAUGGUGUCCGCAUAUCUGGAAGGAGCCCUCACAGACAUCUGGAACCGCGUCACGCUCCAACCCGACGAAUAUGUCAUGACCAAGGACGAGUUUGCCGUCUUCAACUUCUACCGCCGCCGCUUCGAGGAGAACGAAGUUGCGGAGCACGCUGUUGCACGAUACUGGGCCAACACGUACGAAUGUCCUGCUGCUUCCACAUAG